AUGGUGACUCACCCUUUUGAAAACCUGCCGCUGGCUCUUUCUACCUACUGGUUCCUUACGGAUCCACCCACAUUUCCAUAUCCCGAGCUCCGGGCCCAUGCACCCAUCGUCGCUGCAACAUACGCGUGGGAAUACAGUGGACGCCUUGAUCCCCAUCCCACUCACCCCACAUUAUACCCACACACAUUAAGUAAGGACUCGGUCUUGACCGGCAUUGUACAAUGGGAGCUUGAUAUGAGCAUUUCCAAAAUCCGCGUGCGCUGGAACUCUGCGAACGUCGAAGCCACCUUGAACGCUGAAGUCAAACACAUACCAGCUUCCAAUUCUGCGGCGACUAGCUCCCCCACCCCCUUAGAACUUCACGAAGCUUCACUGCUCUACAACCCACUCAUACUCUCAUUUGCCCGAUCAUGCCUCGGCACCACCGUUGCUGAUGGUGAAUGUUGGUCUCUUGCCUCUGCCGCUUUGCAGUCCGCGCGGACCGCCGCUCUGCGUGCUGGUCAUAGCCCGCCGAUGCCCAGUAUCGGCCGCGUCCACGGUGAAAUCAUCCUAGACUGGGACGCUGCCUCUUUGGUGCCGGCACAGGGCGUCUUAGAAGCCGCAGACGUCCGACCAGGGGACAUCAUCGAGCUGAGCAAUGCGCACUUUCGGCACCAGCGAGUACUUCUCGGUGGUCUGGUGAGUAGUGAAGAGAGCGUGAGGGUUAUCGAGCAUACGGCGAUAGUCGACAAUGUAAAGGGGGGAUGUAUGGAAGUGCUCGAGCAGAAUGCCAGUAUGGGAAAGGUGGUCUCGGAGGGCAGAUAUGAGUUGGGCAAGAUGGUCCAGGGUAGGCUGAAGGUGUAUCGACCGGUGAAGGAGGUGGCGCUGAGCGUGCUGAACUUGAGGGACACAUUGGAUGUGUGGUAA